GUUCUCGCGAGAUUUCAUUCAGCUGUAAUGCCACGUCUUAUUCACAGCUAGCACAAGUCCCAUUGUAAAGAGGAAUAUUAGCGCUUCAGUCCCACGGAGUUGGCUGUGUAGAAAGUAUUAUCGAGUGGGCACACGAGCAGACAUAUCCGCACACUUUGUGGUUAAAAUGGGCCGUACACAUCUACUGGCUCUGAUAGUAGCCACAUCGUUGAUACUCCUGUUUGCCUCUGCCAUCGCUCACAGCCAUUCCCAUGGAGACCAUCACCACGGACACGGACAUCACCACGGACAUUCACAUAGCGACCAUGAUCACCAUGGACACGCACAUGAGCCGCAGGUGAAGAUGUUCCACGGAGCAAGUAAAUGGAGCGCAGAGGCCAAUGUCCCAACAGAGGAAGAGCACGGACAUGCCCACUCACAUGACCAUGGACAUGCCCACUCACAUGACCAUGGACAUGCCCACUCACAUGACCAUGGACAUGCCCACUCACAUGACCAUGGACAUGCCCACUCACAUGACCAUGCGCAUCACCAUGGUGACCACCACGGGCACAGUGAUGAAAAUAUAGUCCGCGUGCACAAAGAAGAGAGUGGACAUGGACACUCACAUAGUGACAAGAUGGAGAGUGAAGGAGAAAAGAGGGACUUAGUGGAGCUCUGGACUCAGGCAGUGGGUGCCACAUUGCUGAUCAGUGCAGCACCAUUCUUGAUCCUGUUUCUGAUCCCGGUCCAGUCCAACAGCGACCAGCACCAGAACCUGCUCAAAGUACUUCUCAGUUUUGCCUCCGGGGGGCUCCUGGGAGAUGCCUUCCUCCACCUCAUCCCACAUGCUCUAGAGCCCCACUCACAUCAUGAAGAAGAUCAUGGACACUCGCAUCACACUGAAGACCACGGACACUCUCACGGAGCAGCCCAUGGUCACAUGAUGUCGGUAGGCCUGUGGGUUCUGGGCGGGAUCAUUGCGUUCCUGGUUGUGGAGAAGUUUGUCCGUCUGGUAAAAGGAGGACACGGCCAUGGACACUCUCACAGCCACUCACAUGCUGCUCCAAAAGAAAAAGACAGUGAUGGAGAGGAGGAGAAGGAAAAAAAGGACAAAAGGACUGAAGACAAAAAGCCGGCCAUCAAGCAGGAGAAGAAAAGUACAGAUAUCAAGGUGUCUGGUUACCUAAACUUGGCAGCAGACUUCACACACAAUUUCACGGAUGGCUUGGCAAUCGGAGCGUCAUUCUUAGUCAGUCCAGCAGUUGGCGCAGUCACCACACUGACGAUCCUGCUUCAUGAGGUCCCACAUGAGAUUGGAGACUUUGCCAUUCUGGUUCAGUCAGGAUGCACCAAAAAAAAGGCGAUGUGUCUGCAGCUGCUCACAGCCGUGGGUGCUCUGGCUGGGACCGCCUGUUCUCUUUUGGCUGAAGGAGUCGGAGCCGCGGCCACUGCCUGGAUCUUGCCCUUUACCGCAGGGGGCUUUGUUUACAUUGCUACGGUAACAGUGCUCCCUGAACUGUUGGUGGGUCGGGCCAGUUUUGGACAAUCCCUCAUGGAGAUACUGGCUCUGCUGUUUGGAGUAGGCAUGAUGGUGCUGAUAGCUGAGUAUGAAUGAAUGUUAAAUUUUAAGGUAAUGUGGGCUAGAGGUGGGGGACAUAUUGAAAAAUGUAUGAUAUUGUCGGAAAGGAUGCAACUGGCAAAUCGCAAAGGGUGCAGUUUUUGAAGUACCAUAAUUUCUUCUACAAACACGAAAAUCUCCUGUCUUAUUCUACUUAUAAAUGGCUUACCUGUAGUUUAGAUCUGUACAAACAUGUUUUGAAAUGUGAUUCUUGUAUAAGUUUCCAUAUUUGAGUCUUUUUGUCAAUUCUUCUGUAUGUGUUUAAAUUGAAACUUUUUGGUAUUACAAACAAUGAUAAACCCCCAAAAAUUAUUGCGCUUAGAAUAUCAAGAAAAGUGUCUGAAAUUAAAACUAUUAAAUGACCUGAAGAAAGAACAGAAAUGUCUGGUGUAAUCUCCCGAAUGAGGGUUUAACGUGAUCUUUCUGCACUUUUUUGGUUUAUUUGUCCAUUUGCAUUUUGUGCGAUACUUGAACCAUUUAAAGGCACAUUUUAGCACAUUCCUGAUGCCUUAUUAAAAUAUCCUCUGAAUAUUGUUAUUGAAAUGAAACUCUCAAUAUCGCUCACCUCUAGCUGGGAUGUAAGAUGCAAGGUCAAAUGGUUGAAAUAAAACAAAAAUAGUUUCUUUUGCUUUUGAAAAUUGUGAAAUAUUUUAAAAAACAUUUUGUAUGUUGUAUUUUGUGACAAGUUCUUGGAUUUGUAUUUUCCCCCCCCCCAUUAUCACGCACAGUACUUUCUUUCUUUUUGAGGGAGAAUUUCCAAUAAUGUAAAAAAAACUCCUGUGUCCAAACAUGCACUCUCAACUGAUGUAGGCAUUUCAGUGAUUGCAAGAAAGUCUGUAAAAAUACUGUUGAAUUUUAUUUUGGUAAUAUUAAAAUGUAUGUAUUUUACAUUCCACAGAAUAAAAAGUAAUAAUAAUA